AUGUAUAAAAUCUUUGAAAAGUUCGAAAAAAAAGGUAAAACCAUUCCAAGUCAUUGUUUGGAAGUCUCAAACUUUCAAAAAGUUCAUGGCUAUAACAACUUGGAAUUAUUUAAGGAAAAAUUUAUUAAGAUCUAUGGUGCAAAAGAUCCAAUUAUCAACGAACUGAAACAAUAUGAAAACCACAAUGCCUCUUCGCAUGGAAAACUUAUUCCUGAAGAGAUUUGUUUUCAACGCAAGGAAAAAAACUCAACUUCACCAUCACAUUUUAAAAUGAACACAUACUUCUUAUGUCCAAUUUGUGAUCCAUUCGAGUAUUCUCACUUGGGUCCUUCAUAUAAACUCAAGUACCGUGAUGGUGAGAAGGUACAAAUUGAUCAAAACCAACCACAAUUCUAUGAUACUUUGCACGCUCAAUAUGAACAUCAUCUUGCGCAAGUUCACGGUGUUCUUAAAGAAGCAUAUGUUGAAAAUCCUUUUAUUGGUUUUAGUUUGACCGGGGAAAAAUCACCAGUCCUUGGAUUAAAUUGUAUUUGCCCAUAUAAUGUUCGUGGACAAGAAGCCGCUUGUCUUGCACAAUUCAAGUUCAACAUCGGUGGUAAAGAUCCAAACCCAUUCAAAGCGUAUUUGAGACAUGUUCAUUCCUGCCAUCAUAAUUGUUCCAAUCCAAACGGGGAGAUAUACCAUACCCAAGUUGCUGACACCACAAAAGAUGAAAUUUUAUAUAAUUAUUUCAAACCUUUAUCAAUUGAAGGAUUCAUGAAAUCAUUGGGUCACUUGAGAAGAGCAGUUAACGGCGAUAAAGAUUUUAAUCCCUUCCUUCUUAGCAAUGACCAAAGUGAGUUAAAAAGAAUUGCAGCAUAUGUCAGUGGUUCUUCUGGUCAAAACAAAAAAUACACUCCACCAACACCUGAAAGAUCACCAAAGUUGAAAAGAGCAGCAGAAGAUUCAGCACCAGCACCAGAAAACAGAAAAAAGAGAGCACGUAAGAUUAAUUACUUGCCUCUUGGUGAGCACGCUAAAGUUGCCAAAGCAGCAGCUCCAUCAAAGAGAGAACCGGAAGCUAUUAGCGAACCAGAGCCACAACAAGAACAAGAACAAGCACCGGUUAAUGUUCCUGGUUCUGAGGGUCAACCAUCAUUGAACUUUGAUGGUGAAAUGCCUGUAAUGGGUGUGCCACAAAUUGAUUGGGAGCAGGACGACUUGAUGAAUUCUUUAUUGGGAGACCCAAAUUUCAAUUUGACUUACAAUUACUUGAAUGAUUGGCUUCAUUUCCCAAGUAACACUUAA